AGGCGAGCCAGAUCCGGAUCCAGUCUGCACAGAGGGUUGGCGACUGUUGGUGCGGAACCGCGCUGCAGCUACCGUUGAAGGAGUCCCCGUGUUGGGCGUGAGGCACCUUCAGGCACUGCUGCUAUGCAUCGCACACGUGCUGGUCUUCAGCUUGCGCACCAACAUGUCGGUGGCGGUGGUUGUCAUGGCCAACAACACCGCUGGCAACCCUAACAUCAAGGACUACGGCUGGAGCCAAUCUGAGACGAGCACCAUCCUGAGCUCCUUCUUCUGGGGCUAUGUGGUGAUGAUGGCGCCUGCCGGGUGGGCAGCGGACAGGUUCAAUUCGAAGAACUUGUUUUCAGCCUCGAUCAUCCUCUCUGGUAUCCUCACCAUGCUCACAGAGGUGGCUGCAGACACUGGCGGUGUGGUGCUCGUCUGUGCGUUCAGAGUAGUCAUGGGUCUCGCUCAGGGUUUCGUAUUCCCAUGCACACAUUCCUUGCUGGCAAAAUGGAUCCCACCCAAAGAAAGUGAUGUUUUGGGAACAGCUGUUUACACAGCAAAAGGAAGAUUCUCCACCACUGAGCACCACUUCCCAUUUCCUAGACAUCUCAUGGUGCCAAGCGAUUGCUGUUGUGGCCCAGUAUGUUCGCCUACAUGUGCAGUUUGUAUAUGCCUCUCAAGAUUUGGUGGACACCUUGAAGAAGUGUGGCCAAAACCGACCAUUUUGUGUCCAUGUUAUGUCAUCAGAAGAUUUUGUAUGCAUCAGUGA